AGGCCAAGAGAGAAAGAAGACAAAGAUUCACAAGCAGUGUUUCAGCCCACUGGAGGAAGUCAGACGUCACCCCCCUGAAGCACAAACCAUACACACUUCAUCUUUUGGAACGCACAAGACACAUGAAACCCAACAGAGAAGAGUCAACAGAAGUGAACUGACAAAGUUAUGGCCAACAACGUUGUUGUUCUGGUUUCUCUUCUGUGCAGUCUGAGUGGGGCACUAGCAGGCAGCAAUGUGUCUUGCUACAGAAUUGAGCCGGGCACUAUGGCAGGCAUCAUCUCUGCAGAUUUGAUGCUGACUCUUCUCAUUGUUGGUAUCACCUACAAAUAUGCAAGCUACCGGCGUCAGAAAGUAGAUAAUGCUGACAAGAUUUAUAUGAAUGUUCGGGCCAACAUCAAGAAUAAAGAAUGAAGAUUUGAUUCAUUAUUUGCCUGAUUUGGUUGCUUUAGUAGGUUUUUAAUACAACUAUUUUUUUUACAAAAAACUCCACAGUUAUGCUACAUUUGGUGGAAAAAAUAAUUUUAAACAAAAUGUAAUUAUGUUGUGUAACAUAAAAUUGACUGUCUUUUUCUAUUGGUGGGCUAAAUGAUUUUUUUUUUUACCUCUAAUCAUACUCCGAACAUCUGUAAGUUGACAAUAAUAACUCCUCAUGCCUUGUUUAUCAUAGCACCAACUGUUUAAUCAUCUUUCGAGAAGUGCUCUGAUUGUAUAUAUUGUAUGCAUAUUGUUUGCAAUUCUUAGUCAGCACUUAUUUUUUAGGAAACUAUUUUCUAACUUAUGGGUAUCCAUACCCAACAAGCUUAUUUCAAUGUCAUGAUCUUUUUCAUUUUCCUGCUUUGAACGUUUUAAAAACAAUUUAUCUACUCUGUCAAUUCACAGCUAUGCCCCAAGAAAAAGUUCAUUAAAGUUAAUACUCAAUUUAAUUUACUUUGGGUUACUUUUUCAGCAUCAUCAGGAGCACCAUUAGGAGUAACACUUUAAAUGUUGCCUAAAAUCAUGUUUUACUUUAAUGAUUCUGUUUCUUGGGUUUCUUUUUUUUUUUUUUUUUGAAUAACCCUACUAAACCAAUCGUGUGAUUUCUAAACAUCUUUCAGUGCUAGAUUUUGUUGCUGCAAUAAAAGAUUGUUUGUUUUGAAA